AUGAAAACAUUCAUACUAGCACCGAAUUUUACGUACCAUCCGGAUACAUCGAUAUGUAUGGGCGACAUCAUCGCGGAUCCCAGCGAUCCAACGAAGCCCCUGAGCAGCCUAUCGAGGGCAGACCUCGAGGCUGUGACGCAUAUGGAUUAUGAUGCGGAGCUUAACAAGACCACGUCGACCUUGUUUGGCGGUAGUAUCUGGGCCACAUUCCUGCAGACAGCCUCAGUCAAACUCCAUGGGGAAGUGAAGAACGACGCCACGACAAAAUACACGAUUGACCGCCUCGAAACGAUCUACUACAAGAAGCAACCGACCGACGAUCAGGCAGCGCAAUGGGUCCUGGAGCCAAGGGUAGCGGCUGCCAUCAAUUCAGGCCUCGUUCGCAAAAAGCCCGUCUACAUGGUCUCGGCACUCAAGAUAGCCAGGGGGUUCCGGGUGGCCAGCGGGGUAUCGGCGUCAAGAAGUGCAGGUGUAGGCGCAGCAGCACCAGUCACACCUGAAGUCGGACUCGGCGCCGACGUCGAUGUGACGCGCUCUCGAUCGGCGGAGCAAUCCUUUCGCUCGACCGAGGACAUUGUCUUCGCAUACCAGCUUCACGUCAUUGCGCACAAAGGCUGGCGGCAGGACCAGGCCGCUAUUGGAGUCUACAAGUCCAAGGCCGCCUUCCUGAGCGAGGACAAAACCGAGGCUGAAAGUGGAAAGAAGGCGGUGGAAGCGAGUGCGGCAAACGAGCAGGACGUUCGUCACGCUUUCAGUGAGGAUAUGGUUGAGGAUGUGCUCGAGGCUGUGGAUGGGGAGGAGCCCGUUCAAUGCAUUGUUUUCAGAGAGCCGCCUCCGGAAGAAGAGUCGGAGGAGGAGGAGGAUGAUGAUGAUUGA